AUGAGUGACGCCCAAGCUUCGGAGGCCGAGAAGAAUAUCGAGAUAUGGAAGGUGAAGAAGCUGAUCAAGCGCCUUGAGGCUGCUCGAGGAAAUGGAACCUCCAUGAUUUCCCUGAUCAUUCCUCCCAAGGAUCAAGUUUCACGAGCCGCAAAGAUGUUGGCUGAAGAAUACGGAACUGCCUCGAACAUCAAGUCGCGCGUCAACCGACAGUCCGUACUCUCAGCCAUCACCUCGACACAACAGCGACUCAAGUUAUACAACAAAGUCCCCCCCAACGGCCUCGUCGUAUACUGCGGUGAAAUCUUGACCUCGGAAGGCAAGGAACGCAAGGUCAACAUCGAUUUCGAGCCUUUCAAGCCGAUCAAUACCUCUCUAUACCUCUGCGACAAUAAAUUCCACACCGAGGCCUUGGCCGAGCUGCUAGAGUCAGACCAGAAGUUUGGUUUCAUUAUCAUGGAUGGUAACGGGGCUCUUUUUGGUACCCUGAGCGGAAACACGCGCGACAUCGUCCACAAGUUCUCUGUGGAUCUUCCCAAGAAACACGGUCGUGGUGGUCAGUCUGCCCUUCGAUUCGCCCGUCUUCGAGAGGAGAAGCGACACAACUACGUCCGCAAGGUAGCCGAGUUGGCCGUCCAGAACUUCAUCACCGCCGACAAGCCGAACGUUGCUGGCAUCAUUCUUGCUGGUUCAGCCGAUUUCAAGAAUGACCUUAAUGCUUCCGACUUGUUCGAUAACCGACUGCAGUCCAAGGUGAUCAAAGUGGUUGACGUUUCCUAUGGUGGCGAAAACGGCUUCAACCAAGCGAUUGAGCUGUCAUCUGAGACCCUCGGAAACGUUAAGUUUAUUCAAGAGAAGAAGCUUAUUGGCAAGUAUUUCGAGGAGAUCAGCCAAGACAGUGGCAAGGUCUGUUAUGGUAUCGAGGAUACACUGAAGGCUCUGGAACUUGGUGCUGUCGAGACACUGAUUGUCUUCGAAAACCUUGAGAUUACCCGAUCGGUUCUCAAAGACAGCAACGGCGCCGAGAUCACCCUCCACACCACCAAGCAGCAAGAGACCGGAGACCGCGAGCAGUUCAUGGAUAAGGAGACUGGGCAAGAGAUGGAUGUUGUCUCCCAGGAUUCUUUCCUCGAGUGGAUCGCCGAGCACUACAAAGACUUCGGAACAAACCUCGAGUUUGUGUCGGAUAGAUCGACUGAGGGUAAUCAGUUCGUGAAAGGCUUUGGUGGCAUCGGUGGCAUUCUCCGCUACAAGGUGAACUUCGAGCAAUUAGCUGAAGUAGAUGACGAUGACGACUAUUAUGACGAUUGA